AAUGCUCUGCACACAUUGAAGGUUUGCGGUGUUCUUCCAGAAGAAAAAUCUCGGUGCAUUAUUGGCUCUGAACGCCACAACUAUGGAUUAUAUUUUUCUUUUAAUGUACUGUACGAUUAGUCUCUUAUUUCUGGACUAUAGACAUGCUGCAAAAUCUCAUGGGAAUCUAUCCGGUAAAUUGAGUGAAUUCGGUCUGAUUGUGCCGUUCAGCACGGACUCGCGCGGCCGCUUCGUCUCUCACGUGCUGUCCACGGGAGCGUCACCGACCGGCAGGAAACGGGUCCCGCGCGACGCCCCCGUUACAUCUCACGCGGCCCCUAACGGGCAGCAGCUGUUCUUCAACGUCACAGUGUUUGGAAAGGAGCUGCACUUGCGGCUGAGGGCCAACAGGAGGCUCGUGGCCCCUGGAGCUGCAGUUCACUGGCAGGAGGAUUUUCACGAACAGGCCACAGAGCGCAUGCACGGAGACUGUGUAUUUACCGGCGAUGUCACGGACAUGCCGAAGGCCUCCGUGGCCAUCAGUAACUGUGACGGACUGUCAGGUUUGAUUCGGACUGAUGAUGAAGAGUACUUCAUAGAGCCGCUCGAGAAAGGCCAGCAAGAGGUGGAGAUCAAAGGUCGUGUCCAUGUGGUCUACCGAAGAUCUGCUAUCAAAAGGGACAGGGGUCAAACUAAAGAUGACCUCCAGAAUGAAGUGGCAGACUUUGGUAUCGCCGAGUUGCCCAACGCUCUCAACGCGGUGGAAGAGAAAUUAUCCGAGACGGAGCGCAAACGCAGACAUGCAAAGAAAGAAGACUACAACAUUGAGGUGCUGCUGGCUGUGGACGACUCAGUCGUGCGUUUCCACGGCAAAGAACACGUACAGAACUACGUCUUAACACUCAUGAAUAUACUUGAUGAAAUCUACCAUGAUGAAUCUCUGGGAACAAACAUCAACAUUGUGCUUGUGCGAAUGAUUUUGGUGGGAUAUCGUCAAUCUAUCAGUCUGAUUGAACGUGGGAAUCCGUCCCGGAGUCUUGAGCAGGUGUGUCGCUGGGCAAACACCCAGCAGAGACUUGACCCCGACCACGCCGAGCAUCACGACCACGCCAUCUUCCUCACCAGGCAAGAUUUUGGUCCCGCAGGUAUGCAAGGUUACGCCCCGGUAACAGGCAUGUGCCACCCGCUACGCAGCUGCACGCUCAACCACGAAGACGGCUUCUCCUCCGCGUUUGUGGUGGCGCACGAGACCGGACACGUGUUGGGAAUGGAGCAUGAUGGUCAAGGAAACAGAUGUUCAGAUGAAACCAGUAUGGGCAGUAUAAUGGCUCCACUGGUGCAGGCCGCUUUUCACCGGUAUCACUGGUCCCGCUGCAGCAAACAAGAACUCAGUCGAUACAUCCACUCGUACGACUGUCUUCUGGACGAUCCGUUUGAGCUGAAAUGGCCCAAACUCACCGAGCUUCCUGGAAUCAACUACUCAAUGGAUGAGCAGUGCCGCUUUGACUUCGGUGUGGGGUAUAAGAUGUGCACAGCUUUCCGCACAUACGACCCGUGUAAGCAGUUAUGGUGCAGUCAUCCAGAUAAUCAAUACUUCUGUAAGACCAAGAAGGGUCCUCCGGUCGAUGGGACAGAGUGCGCUCCAGGCAAGUGGUGUUUUAAAGGUCAUUGCAUCUGGAGUUCGUCUCAGAAGCCGUACGGUCACGAUGGAGGUUGGAGCUCUUGGGGAAAGUUCGGCUCCUGCUCACGCACCUGUGGAGGUGGUGUUCGGUCCCGCAGCCGCCAGUGCAAUAACCCAGUUCCAGCGUAUGGCGGCCGUGACUGUCCCGGUUCAGCGUUUGAUUAUCAGAUAUGUAACACUGAAGAUUGUGCCGGACCCUAUGAGGACUUCAGAGCGCAACAGUGUGUGCAGCGCAGCAACAAAUACCACAACAACGUCAAACACACGUGGCUGCCGUACGAACACCCUGACGAGGCUCAUAAAUGUGAAUUGAGUUGUCGCUCUAAGGAAACGGGUGAGGUGGUGUUCAUGAAUCAAGUCAUGCAUGACGGAACGCGCUGUAGUUACUCUGAUCCAUUCAGUGUCUGCACUCGAGGAGAAUGUCUGCAUGUAGGAUGUGAUAAGGAGGUGGGGUCGUAUAAACAGGAGGAUAAGUGCGGUGUUUGUGAAGGUGAAAACUCGCACUGUCGCACCGUCAAACUCACUCUCACCAAAACACCGAAGAAGACAGGCUUGCUGAAAAUGUUUGAUAUUCCUGCGGGGGCUCGACACAUCGUGAUUGAAGAGAACGACACAUCGCCGCAUGUAAUUGCCGUUAAAAAUCAAGUCACUGGCAGUUUCAUCUUGAACGCUAAAGGCGAGGAAGCCAAAUCCAAGAACUUCAUUGAAAACGGUUUGGAGUGGGAAUAUUCACUGGGAAACGGCAAAGAAACGCUGAAGACCAUCGGGCCGCUCCAUGAAGGCAUCGUGGUGCUGGUCGUCCCACAGGCCGAGGAGACUAAGAUCAGUCUGAGUUACAAAUACAUCAUUCAUGAAGAUCUUCUGCCGGUCAUCACCAACAACAACGUGCUGCUGACUGAACUGGACACGUAUGAUUGGGCACUGAAGAGCUGGUCGCAAUGUUCCAAACCCUGCGGUGGAGGUGUUCAGUACACUAAAUAUGGCUGUCGGAGGAAAAGUGAUGGUCGUUUGGUUCACAGGAAUUUCUGUGAGAUCAGUAAAAAGCCCAAACCGAUCCGUAAACGCUGUAAUACAAACAACUGUAGCCAACCCACGUGGGUUGUAGAGGAGUGGGGUCCGUGCAGUAAGUCAUGUGGUAAACUGGGCUAUCAGUCUCGGGUGGUUCAGUGUAUGCAGCCACUUGUGAAUGGCACUAAGAAACCUGUGCAUACUAAAUACUGCAGCGAGGAGCGUCCCGAGACCCGGCGAGCCUGCAACACCAGCGCAUGUGUGUCACAGUGGAGGACUGGAGCCUGGUCACAGUGUUCUGUGAGUUGUGGUGAAGGUAUUCAACAGCGUCAGGUGAUCUGUAGUGCGGGUCAGUGUGAUUCUGACAAACCCGAAUCUGUGUCCAUCUGCAAACUGCCACCCUGCACAGUGGAGUCAUCUUUGGCCACUCCCACUCAAAAUCUGCUGGACAAUUUCACCACUGAGAAUGAGAAACUUCCAGAACAAAUGCUAGAUAAAAUCUCUAAUGAGCCGUGUCUUGGUGAUAAAUCUAUAUUCUGUCAGAUGGAGGUUCUGGCUCGGUACUGCUCGAUCCCGGGCUACCAUAAACUCUGCUGUGAGUCCUGUAACAGGAAGUUGGGUUUCAGUACAGUAUCUCCAGACACACACCCUCCAUUCUCAUGGCUCCCUGAUUUCACUUUCCCCCCGUUAUUGCAAACAAGCCCCAAUCCAACACUUCAGACGACUGCACAACCGACUGCAUUGACCGCUCUGAUCCAGACCACUAAAGCUGGUGGCCGGAGAAUCCGGCCCACCACCUCUGACCUCACCGUUGCAGCCACUAGCCAUAAACCAGAGGCGGCGUCCUCGCACGCUGCUCCAAUGAGCACCACCAUCUCGUCUGAUGGCGAAAGAGAGCCCGUCACCUCUCCUCUACCUCCAGGGCUGAGUGUCAAGACCACCGGCCCGCCACAUGAUGGACUACAACAACAAAACGCCACUUUAGACUCGCUUCCUUCGACCAGGAGAAAAAGGGACAGUUCCACAGGGGCCGAGAGGGGCCUCAAAAACAGGAACUCUCCAGUCACAUGAUCGUCAGCACGGCCCGACAACAUUGCUGCACUGUAAAAUAAUCAUUUCCUUAAACGGAUAUUCCAGGUUCAAUACAAGUUAAGCUCAUUCGACAGCAUUAUAUUGAUAAUCACAAACUUGUUCAGUGCUUAACUUGUACUGAACCCAGAAUAUUUCAAGUUUUGUUUAGUUUUUUUUGCAGUGUGAUGGACUGUCAGCAUUUGCCAUUGAAUGAAAUCUCCAAACGUGUGGACUCAAAGCAUUGAGCAGUGAUUGGUUACCUCAGAGUUAAACUGCAUCAUUCGUUCUGUCCAUUGCACUUCCCAGAAUGAUCUGCUUUAUAUAAAUGGACAAUCUGGUCUCACAGAAUCACGUUACUGCACCUGCAUUUUUGCAAAGCGAUUUUGUCGUUGCUCGAUGUACGCUCAAUGAAAUGAACACUACAGGCGCUACAACAACGAGUUUUAUGCACUUACAAAGUAAAACGGCAGAUUAUCAGUUAAUAAACACUGACUUUUCUCUCUGUUCCUCACACAGUGCUAUCUUAUGACAUCUAAACACUUCCUAUAGUGCAUGACUCAUUUGAACAUUUGCAUGACAUAAACAACUACAUUUAGCUUGUUCGAGUGUGGUCAAAUUGCUCAGUAGCUCGACUGAUCGAGCGUUGCACUUGUGAUGUAAAGGAUCGGAGUCCUGAAGAGCACACGAGUCAACAUGUGAGACAAAAGUGUCAUAGAACUACCACAAAAUGACAUGCUUGUGAUUUUCAUCACACAUUUGCUUUUUCUGACACUAUAAGUUAGUUUUAGGUUUUAGGUUUAGGUAGGGAGUCGGUUUCGUUAAGUUGAAACUCGAUUAGAGCAUUAACCUUAAAAACCUCAUCUGUUUGGCGCUACACAGUGGACAUUUUCACUCUGAACUGCCGCGAUACGUGUAAUAAACCAAUGUUUCCCAACCACUGUGCCGUAGCACACUAGUGUUAGAUUGCAGGUGUGCCAUGGAAAAUGAUCAAUUUCUACAAAAUCAAUAAAUGCAUGAAAAAAAUUAUAAUUUUAGGGAUCCAAACUCCUCCCCUUUCGGAUAAAUUUGCCAUUUUGAAAGCAUAAUCGGUCACUUUUGUGAUUGUGAAGAGCAAUGAUUAAUGUGCAGAAGUGUGAUAUGUAUAUGAGUAAAGGGUCAUCACAUGACUCGUGUCAGCUCUGCAGAAUACAUUGAAGUCUGUGAAGUGAGUGAUAUUUAUACGAGUAAAGGGUCAUCACAUGACUCGUGUCAGCACUGCAGAAUACAUUGAAGUCUAUGAAGCGAGUGAUAUUUAUACGUGUAAAGGGUCAUCACAUGACUCACGUCAGCGCUGCAGAAUACAUUGAAGUCUAUGAAGCGAGUGAUAUUUAUAUGAGUAAAGGGUCAUCACAUGACUCGUGUCAGUGCUGCAGAAUACAUUGAAGUCUAUGAAGUGAGUGAUAUUUAUAUGAGUAAAGGGUCAUCACAUGACUCGUGUCAGCGCUGCAGAAUACAUUGAAGUCUAUGAAGCGAGUGAUAUUUAUACGAGUAAAGGGUCAUCACAUGACUCGCGUCAGCACUGCAGAAUACAUUGAAGUCUAUGAAGUGAGUGAUAUUUAUACGUGUAAAUGGUCAUCACAUGACUCGCGUCAGCGCUGCAGAAUACAUUGAAGUCUAUGAAGCGAGUGAUAUUUAUACGUGUAAAGGGUCAUCACAUGACUCGGCGUCAGCACUGCAGAAUACAUUGAAGUCUAUGAAGCGAGUGAUAUUCAUACGUGUAAAUGGUCAUCACAUGACUCGCGUCAAGCCUGCAGAAUACAUUGAAGUCUAUGAAGCGAGUGAUAUUUAUACGUGUAAAUGGUCAUCACAUGACUCGCGUCAGCGCUGCAGAAUACAUUGAAGUCUAUGAAGCGAGUGAUAUUUAUACGUGUAAAGGGUCAUCACAUGACUCGCGUCAGCGCUGCAGAAUACAUUGAAGUCUAUGAAGCGAGUGAUAUUUAUACGUGUAAAGGGUCAUCACAUGACUCGCGUCAGCGCUGCAGAAUACAUUGAAGUCUAUGAAGCGAGUGAUAUUUAUACGUGUAAAUGGUCAUCACAUGACUCAGCGUCAGCUCUGCAGAAUACACUGAAGUCUGUGAAGCGAGUGAUAUUUAUACAAGUAAAGGGUCAUCACAUGACUCGCGUCAGCGCUGCAGAAUACAUUGAAGUCUGUGAAGUGAGUGAUAUUUAUACGAGUAAAGGGUCAUCACAUGACUCGCGUCAGCGCUGCAGAAUACAUUGAAGUCUAUGAAGCGAGUGAUAUUUAUACGUGUAAAUGGUCAUCACAUGACUCGCGUCAGCGCUGCAGAAUACACUGAAGUCUGUGAAGCGAGUGAUAUUUAUACGUGUAAAGGGUCAUCACAUGACUCGCGUCAGUGCUGCAGAAUACAUUGAAGUCUAUGAAGCGAGUGAUAUUUAUACGUGUAAAGGGUCAUCACAUGACUCGCGUCAGCGCUGCAGAAUACAUUGAAGUCUAUGAAGCGAGUGAUAUUUAUACGUGUAAUGGGUCAUCACAUGACUCGUGUCAGCGCUGCAGAAUACAUUGAAGUCUAUGAAGCGAGUGAUAUUUAUACGUGUAAUGGGUCAUCACAUGACUCGCGUCAGCACUGCAGAAUACAUUGAAGUCUAUGAAGCGAGUGAUAUUUAUACGUGUAAAGGGUCAUCACAUGACUCAUGUCAGUCUUAUUGUAGUCAUGCUCAGCAGUUUAAAUAGACUACUGUAGGAAAAUGAUCCCGUAGAUCUGAUUUGUGUUUAUAAUUCUUAAACUGAAGUCAGUAGAUUUGUACCCAUGCAAGUUGUAAUUAAGGAGAAGGACGUUAUUGAAACUCCCUUUUAUUAGACUGUUAUUGUUGUCUUUUUGGAUGAAGAAUAAUGCUCAGACUGAAGGAAGACUCUUUAAUAAAAGAUCUUUUAAUGCUUAAACACUAUAAAGUCUGUGAACGACUCAAAAUGAUUCAUAGCACAUAAGACGCUCAUUUGUCGCCACCUAGUGACCAUAAAUGUUGGGAAACGCUGUAAUAAACUACGUAAUAUUAUUUUGCAAAAAUGUCAGCACAGUCAUGUGAUUGUCAUGAGAUCAGGCCUGUAAUGCAUGUAAAAAAAAAACUAUGAAAUAAGACGUUUAAAGGUGCUGUCAUUUAAAACGUCUGUUUGUGCAUUGACUGUUUCGCGAUCAUUCCCGCUAGUUCUAGAUGUUUCCCUGGUGCUCAUGUUGUUGAUUUUCUUCCGAACUCUCAAAGAAUCAAACCAAUGUGACGUCUGCUCACCUGUGAAACACAAAGCACCUCUAAUGCAUGUCCCGUGUUUGUGUUUGCACAUGCUUUAUGUUCUGAUGUUCUUCAGGUGGUACUGUAUAUAGUGUAAAUAGUUGCAGGUGUGAGGAAGGUCUCAGGGGUCACCAGAGGUCAUUAAGAAGUCUGGUUUCCCUCUCUUGUGGUUUAACCUAAUUUCUGUAUUGUAUAGUACUUGUAUAUACAUGGAUGAGAGCUUUAAGUGUUAAUAUUUAUUACAUUUUUAUGUUGUAGGGAGAUGAAAUACAUGAAAAUAUACACAUUGAAAA